UCUCCCAGAAACCGAGCGGCGCCGACUUCAUAGGCUUGUUGAGCAGCGCGCUCAGGUGGAUAGGUAACAGCUUGGGUUCCAUGGUGUCGGCAGAAUGGCCAACGGAUGCUUAAUGAGGUAUCGCGGCUGCUAUCUAGGUACCAGGACUCGAGGCCGAAAUUAUUUUAUGUCGGUCGUCAACAUCACCAAGCUAUUGUCAGACUGUGGGGUUGGGAAUGUUUUACGAAAGAGCAAAGAUAGUAUCGAGCGACAAGUGUCUCCAGCGGUGACCGGUCGUUUCAAUUGUGCCUACAGCCAUCCUCGGCUUGUCUCCCAGAGAGAUCAUCAUUUUGCGGUGCCUCGGCGCCAGAUCUGUAGCCGGGAGCCUCGAAAACACCAUGUGGACGUAACAGGACAAUAUAAUACCAUCUACCAGUAUCCGAUAAACCGAUUAAUAGCGGGCUCGUUUUGCCAUGUCGUUACAGGGGUUUUUGUUUGUUUUUUUUUUUUGUUUGCACGCAUGACGAUCACCAAUGACCCCUCUGCUCCGGCCCUUGUCGGCGCACGCAGAAGGUAGAUUUGUAUGGAGCUGCAAGGCAAUUCGCCGAGGGGCCGCCCUGGAGCCUAGGGUGGCAUCGUUAAGCAGUGCGGUGGGAACAAUCCUGCGAUGCGCAGCAAAUAUUCUUGACGUAGAGAGAGCCUCAAGGUUUCCUCUCGGCGAGAUCGUGUUCCUCCCCUGUAUGUGCCGGCAUAGGGCCACAUCCGCGCCGAAUUCGAUGGAAUGGGAAGGUAAAUAGGCUUUCGCCAUGGAAAGGAGCCAGACAAG